UGGUCCAACAUGUCCUUCCAUGCGUUAGCAACUAUAAAAGGACGUGUGCAUGCCACUUUUCUCUUCACAAUUCAUUCAUCAAUCCAUUGUUCACUUUCACAUCAACUCAAGAGAUUCAACCAAGUCAUAGAAGCUAGCUAGGGUGUAUUGUUACAUUUGUUAGCAAAAAACUUGAAAAAAUGGAGAGCAGCUUGGGAGACAUGUUGAUUAAGGUUGUGGUGUUCAUUCUAGUUCAAGCCUUGGUGUACCUUAUCCUCUCCAAUUCAUCAAACAUCUUCAACAAGAACAUGAAGAAAUCCAACAGCUUCAGGCCAGCGAGGUCGGUGAGCAUUCGCCGGAUGCUGGCUUUGAUCUCUGAUUUUCCUCCAGAAGGGGAACCCUCUCCUUCACCAAAGGGUCCUAAAACUCCAUCACUUCAUCAAAGUGAUCUAUAAUUGUAAGGUUUUAAUUAAAUUGUGGUUGCAAUUACAAAUUGGAGACAAUUUCAGCUUUUGGGGUGGUCAGAUUAAGGCUCAGAAACCUCCAAAUGUUGUGGCUGCUGUGGUGGUUACAAAUUGCAAUUUAAAACCUCAGACUAGACCCAAGUAGCAUGAAAAUUAUUUUUCUCUGUUUCGUGUAGAGGCUAUUGUAUUGCAAAAGUUGUUAAAAGAGUCCAAAGUUAUUGGUUUGUGGGCAUUUAAUUCUUUUGUUCAUUUAUUCUUUUAUGAUGAAUAUUGUAUUAUAUUUAUGAGUGGAAUAUUAAUCUUGACAUUAGUUUACUUUUACCUCUGCUUUUAAUUAGUUAAGAACUCAAUGGUUGUCGCACAUGCUUGUUUGUUAGAAUAUGCAAUUGCAAUGUUGCAAGUAAAAAA